GUCUGUGCCCAUACAGUAGAAACAAAAUCGUCGAGAGUGCUGUACCCUACCUGACCUACUACUGGAUUAGGCCUACUACGUGCUGAACACAACUGCGACGGCGUCAUUUACAUGUAACAACUUUACAGCUUGGAUAGUUCCUAGAGUCUAGAUCUAGAUAUCAAUCUACAAUCUUACAACUAAAUCGCCUCUCUCACCAUAAUUUAGAAUGGCCAAAGAACAGAGAAAUUGUAUUAUUGCCGUGGAUGGUAGUGAACACUCAGAUUAUGCACUUGAAUGGUUCUGCAAGAAUAUCCACCGUGAAGGUGACCACAUAGUUUUGGUCUACGUUCCAGAACUGAAUGACAUGCUGCAUUCUUCCAAGUGGAGCAACUCUGUGUAUGUGUUUGAUCGUGAAGUUAUGGAAGCUAUGUUGAAAGAAGAGCAAGAGAGAAUCAAAGCUGACCUGGAAAAGUUUGCUCAGAAACUCAAGCACCAUGGGUUAGGAGGAAAAGUGAAGAGUGUCAUGGCCUCCAAACCAGGGGAGGGAAUCCUGAAAGCAGCAGAAGAGGAGAAAGCCGUGAUGAUCAUAGUUGGCAGCCGAGGGAUGGGAACCAUCCGCCGCACAUUUGUGGGCUCAGUCAGUGACUACUUGGUCCACCACUCCCACGUCCCUGUCUUUGUGUGCAAGCACCCCACCAAACACGUCAACACUGAGCUGAAGUCAGAGUAGACGCAGCCCACGCCUCUGUAGACUGACUGGAUUGUUGUUGUCAUUGUGAUACGUCUAAAUUUUAACAUCUUUUAUCAUCAUAAAUUUCAUUUUUUAGUAUAAAAGUAUUAGGAUUAACAAUAAAUAACUGUUAAUGUCAGCGACCAGCUUUUUAAACAAAAAAUUAUGUUGCCACAUGUAUGCCUAUAAGUUAAGUUGUUAAGCUGUUUUCCUUGUCAGUGAACAGUUGCUUAAACAGUUUAUAAAAUUCUGGAUCAGGGUUCUAAAAGUCGUAAACCAAUGUUGCAGCUAGUUAUUUAUUUUAUACAUAUUUAUUUAGAACUAUCACCAUUGUCACAUUUUACUACCAUCUAUCUUAGCUUCAUGGUCUGAAUAUUUCCAGUAUUUUGAUAAAGUAAUAUUUUGCUAUUGAAGGUGUACAAUUGCUAUUCAUUUUAUUUUUUUACUAUAUCAUCAUCUUGUACUCUAAAACGACUUCCACCAAAAUAAAAGACAACACAUUCAAAAAGUUGUAAACAAAGCAACAGUCCCUUUGUAAGAAGAUAUGUCUGUGUUAAACUAAAAAUCUAAAGUUUGCUGGGCCAAUUUGACAUGUUUGUUGUUUAUUUUAACUAACAGAAUUUUUAAAAAAAGUUUUAAACUUAUGAAAUGUUUGCUUUAAAGACAAGUGCCGGAGACAUUUCUAGUUAGUUCAAACGUGUUAAAUUUGAAUGCAUUGAAGAUGUAUUAGAUAAAUAAACUUGACAAAAUUUGGUGUUAUGGGCAGGGGAAUUCAAUGUUUGCCUUAGUUACAUUAUAUUUGUUAGUUUACACCAUUGCAUUUAUUUACAUUUUUUUUUUAUUGAUGUCUUUCACAUAAUCUAUGUCAUGUUUAGUGGGGUUAUCAAUGCAUUUUGUUGCUUUUCAUCUCUUUUUUUGGUAAAGUCUGCUGGGAGUUGAAGCAAAGUACUUUUGAAGCAUUCCAUCCUUUCCCACUUAGGGCCAAAUCUAUAAGGGGAAGAAUAUUAAUUUAGCAGGUUUAGCUGUAUAACAUGUUCAAAGCUAGAUAAUAUUUCAUGUUGUGACUUUUCUUCAAGGGUUUGUUGUUUGUAUACCUGAGAUGCAAUGGUGACCAAAGUAUGUUUCCAAAUCUUAUGCAAUAUCUUUAAACACGUUUGUUUUUUGAUGUUUUUUCUCUUUCAACGAUUCCAUGUGUUGACAGCUGUAGUUCUCAUCCUCUUACUGCUGGGUCUGUUAGUUCACAGUCUCUCUUUACGCAUAUCACUUUUUUCCUGUGUGCUUCGGUCACAUUUGUUUGUAAGAAUUUACCUGAACUCCGCUCAAUUCUUACCUCACUACUUGCUAACAAGAAAACUAUUUUCUAAAAAAUUUGAAUUCUUCUUUUUGUACUAUAUAUUUUUUUUUUAACUAAACAGAGUGGUUUAACUUGUGAAGAAAUCAAACAUGUUUUGAUGUUUUGUUAGUAAAACAUUUUUUGCAUGCGGAUUUUAGAAUAAAAAUUUCUAUACAAAA